CGCCCUGCGCUCUCGUGGUCUCCCAGCGAGCGGGUACAAAAAACCGAAAGCAAAACCUGCUUUCGGGCCCCGCCCUGCCACCCGGCUCCGCUAGAUUCGGGCCGUGCUAACUUCCGAAGGCGCGUCUCUCCUCCGCCAUGGCAUCAGUUUUGAAUGUCAAGGAAUCCAAAGCAUCUGAAAGAACGGUUGUAGUUGCUGGUCUUCCGGCUCGCCCUUGGAGUGAUCUGUCCACAAUAGUGAAGAUUCACUUCCAAGAUAUUAAGAAUGAGGGUGGAUCUAUUGAAGAUGUGAUAUAUCCAACAAGAACCAAGGGAGUUGCAUAUGUAAUAUUCAAAGAACAAAAAGUUGCAGAGAAUGUCAUCAGGAAAAAGAAACACUCUCUAGCAGAGAAGUUUGGACCCAUGGAACUCACAGUCUCUUGUUUUUGUGAAAAGGUCUUCAGCUCUGUAAAAGCUAUUCUUGAUCUCUCUGUUUUUCGGAGUCAAGUCGUUCUAGAAACUCUGGUAAUGGACCUGCAAAGGAAAAUUCCAGCUUUAUGCUUCAGUCCUCUGGAUCGCAAUGGAAGAAUCUCCGUUCAAGGAUCAUUUGUGGCUAUCAAAAGGCUUAAAGAAUAUUUGCUAUUAAAAGCAAGUUUUCCUUUAGAAAAAAACAGGCAUUUUAUCGGUGAGGGGAAAAAGGGGAAUAGACAGAGCCCCAGAAGGAGUCUACAGAGAAGUCGUACCUCCCUGGAGUCACUCAGGUCCUCAGUACCUGAGACUAUUAGAAGUGGAGAAAUGCUUGUUCUUGACACAGAUGUUUUUCUUUACCUGAAAAAGAAGAUAGAGUUGUAUGAAAGCACAUUGAAAAAAUUUCAUGUUCUAUGUCAGGAGAGAGUGGAUGGUGAAAUUACCACAAUUUGCAUAAAAAAUGCUCAAGGUGGUUCUCUGCCAAACAGUGAAAAAAUUGUAAAAGAGUUCAUUGAGAAAUAUUCUCAUAGUCUUCACUUCGAGCUUAGAAAAGAGACAUUUGUUUUGGAAGGAAAGAACGAUAGAGAGAAAAUAAAUAUUAAGUUGGCAUGUGAACAACUAAGAUCGAAAUACCUUCAGGUUCUGAUUAAUUUUUAUAAGACACACAUUGAUAUUAUAGGAUCUUCUUCUGACACUUACUCGUUUAAAAAAGAGGUCAAAAAAUUAAUAAGGCAAAAAGUUAGGUAGUAGAAUCUCAGCAAUAGUGAUGAUAAUGGCUGCUGCUUUCCCUUACCAAGCAAUGAGGAUGCCAUGCAUAACGCUAGCUUUACACACUUUAUCUCAUUUAAUCCUGGAGACCAUCCUUCAUCGUAGGCACUGCUAUCCUCAUGUUAUAGGGGAAGAAAGUAGAAUUUGGGGAAGUCAAAGCACUUGUUUGAGGUUAUCCAGAUAGCCAGGAAUGUGGCUGAGGUUAAACCCAGUCUGACUACAAAGAUAAUCUCAGGUAUAAAACUUUGACAAAAACCUCACUACACUUUGAUGAAAUCUCACUUUCUCUGCAAUCCCAAAUUCUUAGAAAAAGAAGUAGCCUUAAUUCUAACAUACGAGAAGUUCAGAUAAUGAUGACUAUGUCAUUGGCAAUUUCAAACAUUUACAAAGUUUGUGUUUACUCCAAAAAGAAUAA